CCGCUAGGGAAUGGGAAAGGUCACAGGCUAGGAGCGGAGAGCGCAGAGGGGUCUGAGGAGGUGAGGACGGCGGCCGGGAGGCUCCAACCCAGGCCCGAAUCCCGGCCGGAGAGACCCGCGAAGCCCCGGAGCCUUGAGAGGCGCGAGCGCCGCCGCCUCCCCUUCCGCCGCCUCUGAUCUUUCCCGGUUUCUCCUUCAUUUCAAGCCCUUGACACCUGAAUUACUUCAACAGACUCCUUUGUGGUUAUACAGCCCCUCUACUUGGCAUACCUUGUAGUUUUUACUGUCUCUAGAAUCAUGGAAAACCAGUUGGCUAAGUCUACUGAAGAACGAACAUUUCAGUACCAGGAUUCUCUCCCUUCAUUGCCUGUUCCUUCUCUUGAUGAGUCAUUAAAGAAAUACCUGGAUGCAGUUAAACCAUUUGCAAAUGAAGAAGAAUAUAAACAAACAGAAGAAAUAGUUCGAAAAUUUCAAAAUGGAAUUGGAGAAAAGUUGCAGCAGAAAUUACUGGAAAGAGCAAAAGGAAAAAGAAAUUGGCUGGAGGAAUGGUGGUUGAAUGUUGCCUACCUGGAUGUGCGUAUACCAUCACAACUGAAUGUUAACUUUGGAGGUGCUGCAGCUUACAGUGAACAUUACUGGCCUGCAAAAGAAGGCACACAGUUAGAAAGAGGAUCUAUAACCCUUUGGCAUAAUUUGGUCUACUGGCAGCUACUAAAAACGGAAAAAGUGGCUGUUCAUAAAGUUGGAAAUAGACCUUUAGACAUGAAUCAAUUCCGAAUGCUAUUUUCUACUUGCAAGGUACCAGGAAUCACUAGAGAUUCAAUCAUCAGUUACUUUAAAACUGAGAGUGAAGGACACACCCCAAGUCACAUAGCAGUGCUGUGUCGAGGUCGAGUUUUUGUCUUUGAUGUCAUGCAUGAAGGUUGUAUGAUGACCCCGCCAGAGCUGCUCAGGCAACUUACAUAUAUCCAAAAAAAAUGCCACAGUGAACCUGAUGGACCUGGGGUAGCAGCAUUAACCAGUGACGAACGAACUCAAUGGGCUAAGGCAAGAGAAUAUCUGAUUAGUCUCGAUCCAAAGAAUUUGACUGUAUUGGAAAAAAUUCAGAGCAGUUUGCUGGUAUAUUCCUUAGAUGAUGAUAGUCCACAAAUGACACCGGAAGAUUAUUCUGAGAUAACUGCAGUGGUGCUUACUGGGAAUCCAACAGUUCGCUGGGGUGACAAAUCCUAUAACUUUAUCUCCUUUUCCAAUGGACUCUUUGGCUGCAAUUGUGAUCACGCGCCUUUUGAUGGUAUGGUCAUAGUUGAGAUCUGUCAUUAUGUAGAUCAGAAGAUCUUAGAAAAUGAGGGGAAAUGGAAGGGUUCUGAAAAAGUGAGAGACAUCCCUCAGCCAGAGGAGCUUGUUUUCACCGUGGACCAUAGAAUACUAGAUUGCAUUGACCGGGCUAAAGAACAGUAUUACAAGCAGGUAUCAGACUUGCAGAUUGUGGCUUAUGCCUUCACGUCCUUUGGCAAAAUGCAAGCCAAGAAGAAGAAGCUUCAUCCUGAUGCCUUUAUCCAGCUUGCACUUCAGCUAGGCUACUACAGACUUCAUGGACGCCCAGGUAGCUGUUAUGAAACUGCUACGACAAGGGCUUACUACCAUGGCCGCACAGAGACUGUGAGGUCAUGUAGUUUGGAAGCAGUCGAGUGGUGCCAGGCCAUGGAGGAUCCUUCUGCCGGUCUUCACAAACGGCAGCAAAAGAUGUUACAGGCUUUUGCAAAGCAUGGUAAAAUGAUGAAAGAAUGUUCAUCUGGGAAAGGAAUUGAUCGUCACCUUUUAGGUCUCUAUCUCAUAGCCAAAGAGGAGGGGCUGCCCGUUCCGGAACUCUUUACAGACCCUCUUUUCAGCAAAAGUGGAGGGGGAGGAAAUUUUGUCCUAUCAAGCAGUCUUCUUGGAUACACUCGAGUCAAUGGUGUGGUGGUUCCCAUGAUUCAUAGUGGCUAUGGCUUUUUCUACAACAUCAGAGAUGACAGGUUUCUUGUGGCCUGUACAGCUUGGAAAUCGUGUGCAGAGACUGAUGCGGAAAAGCUGGUUAGGACGAUAUUCCAGUGUUUUCAUGAUAUGAUGCACUUGAUGAAUGCUGCCCAGCUUUAGAGAAUGAUUCUGAAUUAUGUCCGUUCCAAAAUAUGUAGUUAAAAGGUGUGCUGGUCAUGAAUUGGGACUUGAUUUGAUGGAAAGUACUUAAAUGUUGUAGUAAUGAAGAAGAAUCUGUCAAAAUUCUACUUCCUAUAGCACUUCCUGCCACAUAUACUGGAAAUGCAGCGCUGCUUCUAAGCUGAAUGUAAUGCUUGUAGCAAUAAUGCAGUAUAGAACUAUGCAAUGUGUAACAUAUGCCUCAGCAAUGCAAUCCAUCCUUUUUCAUGGUGCAAGUCUUACUCUGGCUUUUGUAAGAGAUUUGUGUUGGUACCUGUAUCAAAACACUGACAUCUUCCCUGGCCAUUGUCUGAGUUACACAUUCCGUCCUCCAUGCACUUUUAUCUCUUGGCUGCUGCCGAAGGGCAUGACAAAUAUGUUCAGAGGCUCAGCUACCUGAAAUUCACACCUUACACUUCCGCUGAAGAGAGAGGCCAGGCACAGAUUUACUGUGAGGGAAGAGACCACUAGAAUCUCAUCAUAAUUUUAGAAAAACUAGACUGUGGACAACAACAAAAACUGGGCUGUAGCCAGAUGGUUGAUGCUAAAGAGAUAGUCGGCCUAAUGAAGCAGCUUAUCAUGUAUUGCUGCUUCACGAAUAUAAGUACAGAACACUUGCUAUAAAGUUAGUUUGUAAAAGUUUGUGAAGGGUUAAAUGGCAAAUUCUCAGGAUCUUACACUUUGCUUUUGGAUCAUUUUUUAUCUGUACAACUUUUGUAGUUUGCAUUCAGAAAAUAAAACUUACUGAAUCAUC